AUGGCGCCUGCAACUUCCUCUUUUUCUGGGUACUUCAUGGCCAUUCUUCUCUUACAGAUGGAAAUACUCACCUCAGCUAUAGGCACAGACAUACAGAUUAGUGUUCAGGUUUCUGACACAGAGGGGCUGCUGGUGGAAUGUGACUCAGGAGGGUGGUUCCCACAAGCUGAGAUGACGUGGAGAGACAGCAGUGGAAAUACAAUUCCACACUCAUCAAAAUAUUACUCUCAGGAUGGAACUGGAUUAUUACACCUGAAGAUGAGUGUUCUUCUCAAAAACAGCACCCAUGGUCCCGUCACUUGCUGCUUUUACAACCCAGCCACUGGCCAGGAGAAAAGAGCAGGUAUUGUCAUAUCAGUUCUACAGAAUAGAAGAACUUGCUUUCAAGUUGUGCUUCAGGGUCUUCCUUUAGUGUUACAUGUGGCCUUCUUACCUCUCUACUUCAGGUUCAGGAGCAGAGGCUUUAUUUCAGAUGACCUGUACUCAUUGUAUUGUGGAUGGAUAUGGGAUCUAUGCAUAAUGUUGACUGUAUUGAUGGUGUUUUUCUCUGUGCUUAUUCUCACUCUACUUAACAUAUCAACAUAUUGGCCUCAAGUAGAUUUGGAGGACACUAAUGGAAUUAACAUGAAGAGACCUGACAUGUACAAAUUGGGCUUAUCACACCCAGCUAUCUCCACCCCUGAACAGGAUGGGAAUGACCAGACUGUAUCAGAAAGGAUGAAGUUGUCCAUUAGGGAGCACACUUCCAGAACAGUCUUUAGAUGCCAGCCUUCAGAGUGA